ACCACAACUGGAGAGCCAAUAGUAGUCUGGCUUUCAGGUCUUCAUGUUCCAGAGUCCUACCUCUCUGCCGUUGUACAGUCCGUAUGUCGGCGUAACGCCUGGCCAUUAGAUAAGAGUGCUAUGGUUACUAGUGUGACAGACUACACAGAUCCGGACAAGGUGGAAGAUCGUAACUCUUCUGGUUGUCUUCUAGACGGCCUGUUUCUUGAAGGAGCAGCUUGGAGCCUGAAAGACCGUCGAUUGUGUCUACAAGAUCCAAGAAAACUCAUCCAACCACUCCCGCUACUAAGUGUUCAAGUGAUAGAGAGCAGACGUGUCAAGAAACAGAAUGAGACCCUGAAAACCCCUGUUUAUGUGACUUCCGCAAGGGCUUUAGCUGAUAGUGGGUCCAAAUCAGGAUCCGGGCUAGUUUUUGAGGCUGAUUUGAGAAUCGAUGAGGAACGAGACGCUAGUCACUGGAUUCUCCAAGGUGUUUGUCUUAUUCUCAAUGAUGAUUGA